AUGGAGGGUGCUGUCGCACGCCACCGGCACGAUGACAACUCAACCGAUGGCUACACCUCUUCCCAAGAUGAUCCAGAAAAGGUGGUCUUCCUCAACGACCCCGGCAAUUUCAUCAUCGUUACCCUACUCAAACGGUGUCAUCGACGGUACACGAUUGACAAACCGCUCACGAUUGACUCUUACUACGUCGGCAUCAAUGCGACCGACUUCACGCCCGCAUUCACUCGCAGCGUCGCGGUGAGCUCGCUGAAAAACAAUACCUACGAAUACAUUGCCCGCACAGGCUCGAGCAUGACGCUUCCGUGUCUCAUCAUCCCGCCCGUCGAUAUGCUUCGCCCCAAUCAGGUACUCUUUCUGAAGCACUUGUCGAGGGAACAAGGCUACGGGAGCAAGUUCCGAGCCGUACCAGAGAAUGAGUUAGCGGAAUACAAGAAACAACAGCAGGAUGCCUUCGCUGCGGGCCACACCUGUCCUUUACUCGUGGCCUCUGCAGAAACUAUGCCCGAUUACGCCGCCAUAUCUGACACGAGAGAGGACAAGUGGAGGCACUUUAGACUGAUGAUGCCGAAGAUGCAGGGAAUAAGCAUCCCAAAAGGUCUCAUGAGUGAAAUUGACGCGUUCCUUGCCAAGUACGAGCAAGAUAUUGUGUCUCCAAUCCUUGCCUUGAUCUUAGCCAUCAUUUAUCAUGACUGCUACCACGCUCUUGAUCUAGGAGCCGAGAAGGGGGCGAAGAAGCCCAUGAAGCCUGUUCCUUUGGUUUCGCUUGCCCAGAUGAUAUUGUAUGGGCCGCACUACUUUCGGAUCCACGAGGAACUCAAGCUCUCGGCCUACGUCCACAUCUUUCGCGCCGUGGACUACUUUUACGGCAACGAUAGGAAGCUUGACGCCUUCGUGAUCAACGACGAGGACAUCAAUACCGAUGUUGUUUUCAAGUACAUUGAUGAGAUGGAACUUGACGAGGAGGACUGGCUAGAGAUCGUGCCCCCUUCUUGGGAAGGAUCAGAAAUUACCAUGCCUCUGAACCAUGGAACUCGAGCACCGCCCUCCCCAGAGCUCACCGCCCUGCUGAUGAUGCCCGACAUCUACACUUUGGGUUUCGCUGGGUACACUAAUGAAAAGUGGCCUAACAUGGGCAGGAGGACGAGGGAUACGCUGAUGCAUGGUUUAUUCCUUCCAAAGCACGUUCAGUCCAACCCCAAUCUUUGGCGUCCUAUGGCCGAUGAAGAGAUUUGCCUCAAGGCCCUGGAGCCCUAUCAGGAUCAACUCGAUCAUCAGAUAUGGUCAGCGCCAAAGAUGUCGGUUCGAUCGCCCUGGUCUGAGGCGGUGACUUUCGACUCAUAUUCUGACCCGGACAAUGGGGAUACGCAGGUGUCAUAUGAGCUCGAAGCCGAGGACAGAAAUGUCGGUAGUCCCUCCGGUCCAUGCAUCCCACUUGACAAGAGUAUCCAAGACACCAAGGACUACUACAAAGUCUUUAUCAAAAAGAUCCGACAGGGUCAGAACGCAGGGCUCAUCGACAAGUCCGUCACAUUAGACCUAGAUGGCCAUCUCACGUGGCCUGGGUUAGAAAAUCAGCCUGCCGCAAGACGCAAAUUACCCGGAGGGAUCGAUCUUCAAAAGCUGAUUGCUGAGUUCGACGCCGCCGAUGCCGAUCGCAUCUCCAAGAUCGAUCGUCGCACUCUUCACAGAUUACUCCAUAUAGAUCUAGCUGACGGAGAGCAUGUGGCCAAAUGUGCUCGAGAACUCAAAACUCGCAUCAACAUCGACAAUGAAGAUCUGGGAAAGGCUCAGGUGCGAAAGGCCUUCGAAGACUGUCUACUUCCGACGCGCAACGAGACGAUGAGGAUUUGGAACGAAGCGGCGUCCGCUUAG